AUGGCGGCCUCUACACAGGCCACUGAGUUAAGACAAUAUUGCCCCUUAUGCUGCCGUCUCUCACGUCCCUUACCUCUCUCCCUUUCUUCACGCUCUUCUCUCAUUUCCCUAACUCCCCACAGAAGAAAAAUCAAGGCAAUCCAGAUUGGUGUCAAUGGCUUUCGAAAUAGUGUUGUGCGUAGUAAUUGUGUUAGAACAGAUUUAUGGUGUCCAAAGUUGUCAUCUGUAGGGUUAAAUAAAUACGACACUAAGACUCGAUAUGAACAGAAUCUUCGGCACAAGAAUCCAGUUUGUGAUACAUUUAUGAAGUUUUCAAGUUCGUCAACUAGCUUGGUGGAGGAAAUGAUAGAAGAGGAAGAGCUGAGUUCUUUGCGUUCUUAUGAAAUGCAAGUUAGAAAAGUGGGAGUAGCUCCUUGUAAUCCAGAACUUUCCGCAGCUGCUGAUAGCAUUUUGGUGGAAAUGACAGAAGAGGAAGAGAGGAAUUCUCUGCAUUCCUAUGAAACACGAGUUGGGAAAGUGGGUGUGGCUCUUUGUAAUCCGGAACUUUCCACAGCUGCUACUGAAAGGAAAUUGUCUGGUGGUGAUAAAAGAGGAUGGUCUAUGGCAAAAAAUAAGUUAGCUGAAGAUAGGAAGGAAAUGAAGAGUGCAAACAAAUUUGAGACGAAAAUUGAUGGCUCUCAAGUAUCUAAUAGAUUAACUUCCGUUAGUCAGAUACAAGGUUUUUCUACGGAGGGAGUAAGCAAUCUUUUUAAUGAAUCUGCAUUGGAGAUCGCUCGAGAGAAAAUUCCUAGAGUUGAUGUUGACGACGUUUUGGAGGAAACUACAAAGGAUUCAACUGAUGCAACAUUUGCUAAAAAGGAAAGUACAAAGGAUUCAACUGAUGCAACAUUUGCUAAAAAGGAAAGUACAAAGGAUUCAACCGAUGCAACAUUUGCUAAAAAGGAACGUUGUGCUGACCAGUUAAAACUUCACGACAGACUUUGUCGUAUCUAUGAAGAUGUUCUGGUGGUUGAUAAUAUUCCUCUUGCAGAAGAGGUUGUUAAGUUGCUUACAGUAAAGUACCAGCAUCUUAUUUAUGCAUGUGAUACCGAGGUAGCCAAGAUAGAUGUCAAACAAGAAACGCCUGUAGAUCACGGGGAGAUAACUUGCUUCAGUAUUUAUGGCGGUCCAGAAGCUGAUUUUGGUGGUGGAAAAUCUUGUAUCUGGGUAGAUAUUCUUGAUGGCGGAGGCAAUGAAAUUUUAGAAAAAUUUGCUGAUUUUUUCAGCGAUCCUUCCAUCAAGAAGGUCUGGCAUAAUUAUAGCUUUGAUUGUCAUGUUAUAGAGAACUACGGAUUCAAAGUUUCUGGUUUUCAUGCUGAUACAAUGCACAUGGCACGGUUAUGGGAUUCUUCAAGACAACUAAAUGGGGGCUAUUCGCUUGAAAAAUUAUCAGGUGACAAAAAGGUCAUGUCAAGGGCUCAAAUGAACCAUGAAAAGGAUUUGAUCGGUAAGGUGUCAAUGAAAACUAUAUUUAGUAAGAAAAAAGUGAAAAAAGAUGGAACUGAGGGUAAAGCGAUUACCAUCACUCCUGUUGAAGAUCUACAGAGAGAUGAGCGUAUACCUUGGAUAUGUUAUUCUGCUUUAGAUGCUAAAAGCACUUUGAAUCUAUAUGAGAGUCUUAAAAGCUAUCUUUCAGACAUGCCGUGGAAAUUUGAUGGUGUACCAGUUUCCGGGAAAACCAUGUAUGAUUUCUACAAUGAAUAUUGGCGCCCAUUUGGGGAGAUUCUAGUCCAAAUGGAAACUGAGGGAAUGCUAGUUGAUCGGUCAUAUCUUGCAGGCAUAGAAAAGGUUGCCAAAGUAGAGCAAGAAAUAGCUGAAGAUAGAUUCCGGAAAUGGGCUUGUAGGUAUUGUCCUGAUGCCAAGUAUAUGAAUAUCGGAAGUGAAAUACAGCUGCGCCAGCUGCUUUUUGGUGGUACUGUGAACAGAAAAAACUCCGCUCUAUCACUUCCAACUGAACGAAUAUUCAAAGUUCCCAAUGUUGAUGGAGUGAUUGAAGAAGGCAAGAAGGCUCCUAAAAAAUUCCGCAAUAUGAAGGUGAAGAGCCUAGGUUAUAACUUGAAGACGGAGAUGUACACAGCAAGUGGUUGGCCGUCAAUUAGUGGUGAUGCUUUAAAGGUCCUGGCUGGAAAGAUUUCUUCUGAUUUUGAUUUUACCGAUGAGGUUUAUAACUUGGAUCUUGAUGAUGAACAUGGAAAUCCUUCUCAAAAUCAUAUUGAGGUUCCAAAAGGUGAUAAUUCUGCAUAUGGAACAGCCUUUGCCGCUUUUCCAACAGUGAAAGAAGGGAGAGAAGCUUGCCAUGCCAUUGCUUCUUUAUGUGAAGUUAGUUCAAUCAAAUCUUUGAUUUCAAACUUCAUUCUACCCCUGCAGGGACAUAAUAUAUCAGGAAAGGAUAACCGUGUUCAUUGCUCCUUAAAUAUCAACACAGAGACAGGACGCUUGUCAGCUAGAAGGCCAAAUCUGCAGAAUCAACCUGCUUUGGAAAAAGACCGAUACAAAAUCCGUCAAGCAUUCAUCGCUGCACAAGGGAAUUCUCUUAUAGUUGCUGAUUAUGGACAGCUGGAACUUAGGAUUCUCGCACAUCUUGCCAAUUGUAAGAGCAUGAUGGAUGCUUUUAAAGCCGGUGGAGAUUUCCAUUCAAGGACUGCUAUGAAUAUGUACCCAUAUAUUCGUGAAGCAGUUGAGAAAAAGGAAGUGCUUCUUGAGUGGGAUCCUCAGCCUGGUGAAGAUAAACCCCCGGUUCCUCUAUUGAAGGAUGCGUUUGGUUCUGAAAGAAGAAAAGCUAAAAUGCUUAACUUCUCAAUUGCAUAUGGGAAGACUCCAGUGGGGCUAUCUAAGGAUUGGAGGGUUUCUGUGAAAGAAGCUAAGAAAACAGUUGAUCUUUGGUACAACGAUAGAAAAGAAGUUUUGAAAUGGCAAGAGGAGCGUAAAAAAGAAGCUCGUACGUUUUAUUGUGUCUACACAUUGCUAGGGCGAGCCCGGAAAUUCCCUUUGAUGGCCCAAGCUAAUACCUAUCAGAAAGGUCACAUUGAGCGUGCUGCUAUUAAUACUCCAGUGCAGGGUAGUGCUGCUGAUGUUGCCAUGUGCGCCAUGAUACAAAUUUCUAAUAAUAAAAAGUUGAAGGAGCUUGGAUGGAAGUUACUUCUACAGGUUCACGAUGAAGUCAUAUUGGAAGGACCAACAGAGUCGGCUGAGAUUGCGAAAUCCAUAGUUGUUGAGUGCAUGUCCAAACCCUUUUAUGGCAAGAAUAUUCUUAAAGUUGAUCUCUCUGUUGAUGCCAAAUGUGCUCAAAAUUGGUACUCAGCAAAAUAG